AAGCUGGACUCAUUAGUCAUUACCGCAGCUAAGGAAAAGGAAAAGAAAACGAAGCGAAACAGAGGGGCCUAUCCCUAAGGUGGAUUUCAACUUUCAAUGAAUGAAUCUUCCUCUCCUCCAGUUGUUAAUGCUAAUUCAAUCUGAGAGGCUGCUAUCGUCAAAAGGACAGUAGAGGAUCUGUUUUGUAUCAAUACUCUGUAAGAUUCUAAGUGAAAUGAAAAAUUGAAGUGCGAGUUGAUCUGAUCAUUCCGAUUAAUGUACCGCCUUGCAAGUUGGAAUUGGAUCAAGCUCAUUUGUCCACUUUCGCAAUCAUAGGAAGAAGAGCACAAGCAGAACAGAUAUGCAUAAGAGUGGAAGUGUGUCGAGGAAUGCUAGCAGCACUAUUACUGGUAUCCAGAAUAGCAAAUCCCUCUUUCAUCAGCAGUCUAUCAGGAGGCUGGGGUUGUGUUCCCAAAUUGCAACGGCUGGAGGACAGCACUCGUCCCCAAUUGUUUUCCCUGAGAAACGUAGUAAGAAGGUCAAAGCCUCUUCGAAACCCGAUGAUCCACUGGACAAAGCCAAGGUACCAGAGCAUAGAAUAGACAUAAUAGGAGGCGGAGAUGAGAAGUCUGAUUUGUUAGGAUGCGUCGUCUUCUCUGGAAAACUCAUUUUGGACAAGAGAAAGACUUCCUUCCAUGAUAACGCUUCUCCCAAAGAUGCACAACAGCAAAGCCCUAUAGAUGUAUCCAACCAAGAAGCUGUCGAUGCUAAGCUUACUAGCAAGGCUCUUGUUUGGGGCUCUCAGAUGCUGCAUCUUGACGACAUUAUUUCGGUAUCAUACAAUAUUGGUCUAAGACAUUUCACUGUUCAUUCUUAUCCAAUAAAAAAGGGCUCUUGCUGUCUAUCUUGUUUUAUAAAACCUAAAAGAAGUCGGAAGGACUAUCGCUUCUUGGCUUCUACAGUGGAAGAAGCACUUCAAUGGGUUGGUUGUUUAGCAGAUCAGCAUUGUUACGUGAAUUGUUUGCCUCAUCCUUUAGUUUCUUCAAAGAAGCAUGCUUCUUCUGAAUUACUGCCAACAGACACUCCUCCAGAGUUGCUGUUCAAGUGUAAGAGUCCACCUAAAAUGCUCGUCAUCUUGAAUCCACGCUCAGGACGUGGUCGUUCAAGUAAAGUUUUCCAUGGCAUCGUGGAACCGAUAUUUAAGCUUGCUGGGUUCAAAUUGGAGGUAGUCAAAACAUCAUCUGCAGGUCACGCUAGAAAUCUUGCAUCUAAUGUUGACAUUAGCACGUGUCCUGAUGGGAUUAUAUGCGUAGGCGGUGAUGGAAUUAUCAAUGAGGUUUUGAAUGGUCUACUUAGUAGAGACAACCAGAAAGAAGGAAUUUCCAUACCAAUUGGAAUUAUACCUGCUGGUUCAGAUAAUUCGCUAGUUUGGACUGUUUUGGGUGUUAGAGAUCCAGUUUCUGCUGCUAUAGCUAUUGUGAAGGGGGGUCUUACUGCUACAGAUGUCUUUGCCGUUGAGUGGAUACAGAGUGGCAUUAUUCACUUUGGGAUGACAGUUUCAUAUUAUGGUUUUGUCAGUGAUGUGUUGGAACUUUCUGAGAAAUAUCAGAAACGCUUCGGUCCUCUGCGUUACUUUGUUGCUGGAUUUCUGAAGUUUUUAUGCUUACCAAAAUACAGCUAUGAUUUGGAAUAUCUACCUGCAUCAGAAACAGAUCGGGAUGGAAAACAAUCAGAGAGAGAGGUGGUUGACAUGUCAGACCUUUACACAGAUAUCAUGAGGAGAUCAAACACAGAAGGAAUGCCUAGAGCAUCUAGUUUAUCGAGUAUUGACUCGAUAAUGACCCCUAGUCGAAUGUCUGGGGGCGAGUUGGAUACAACUUGCAGUAGCACUCAUGCCAGCACUGAACCAUCUGAAUAUGUUCGUGCCUUAGAUCCAAAAGCAAAACGCCUGUCAUCUGGGAGGAGCAAUGUAAUGGCAGAGCCGGAAGUUAUUCAUCCUCAAUUACCUCUCUCAACAACUCCAAAUUGGCCAAGAACGAGGUCAAAGUCGAGGACAGAUAAAGGAUGGACUGGAUUGACCUCUACACAUGAUUCCUCUAGAUGUUCCUGGGGAAAUGCAGCAACAAAUGAUAGAGAGGAUAUCUCCUCAACAUUAUCUGAUCCAGGUCCAAUUUGGGAUGCUGAACCAAAAUGGGAUAGUGAGCCUAAUUGGGAUCUGGAAAACCCUAUUGAAUUGCCAGGGCCAUCAGAUGAUGUAGAAGCAGUGAUGAAAAAGGAAGUUGUGCCUAGAUUUGAAGAUAAAUGGGAAGUGAAGAAGGGACAAUUUCUUGGCAUACUGGUUUGUAAUCAUGCUUGCAGAACGGUUCAGAGUUCCCAGGUGGUAGCACCAAGGGCUGAACAUGAUGACAAUACCAUGGAUUUGCUCUUAGUUCAUGGGAGUGGACGACUAAGGUUAUUGAGGUUUUUCUUGCUGUUGCAGAUGGGGCGGCAUCUUUCAUUACCAUAUGUCGAAUACAUUAAGGUGAAGUCCGUGAAGAUAAAAACUGGUAAACAUUCCCACAAUGGUUGUGGCAUUGAUGGUGAGCUUUUUCCCCUUAAUGGACAAGUAAUCUCUUACUUGCUGCCAGAACAGUGCAGACUUAUUGGUCGGUCACCGAGCCAUCACAUAUAGCAACUUCCAGCCAUCUUUUUCAACUCUCUGCAAGGUUCUGGUGGUAAUUUCUAUCUCUCCAAAUUGCGAUUGUGCUAUGUGCAGGGCAUUAUCUUUAAACAAGCAAAAAUAUACUUUCUUUUUUAUUUUUUUAUUUUUUAUUUCUACCCCCUCAUGAUUGUGCCAUUGCAUACGAGGUCCUUGUAAAUGUUUUCUGCGAUCAUGUAUCAGUUGCCUGUUGUUUAUUGUGAUCCCUACUUUGUUCCAUUGUGUAUUCUCUUAUUCGUUGGCAUGAGCUGCUCAAUGUAUUGAAAUUUCUGGCGUUUAUUAUUC